UUAAUUAUGCAUCAAUCUAAUACAUAAUGUUGAGUUAAUAUCGCAACGAAGGUUUCUGUACCGUGCAUUGAACAUGAAGCUUAUUUAGGAGCAAGAGAGUUUGCUAAGCGACAGAGAACAACAACUGGAAGAACAGCAGGUAGUGAUCAACACUCUACAGGAAAAGCUAAAGGCGAGUACGAGUCAGCAAGAAGAACAAGUGCAAGCAUCUGAGGUAGCUACUAGUGCGGUUGCUGAUACGGAAGAGGAGGAAGACGUGGAAGAAGAAGACGACGAGAGAACAGAAACUUCCUGCAUGGAAAUACAAACAGAUCCUGUAAAAUCGCCAUCCCCUGUACAGAUUGUGGACUUGGCCAGGGAAAAAGAGCUGAAGUCAAGGAUAGCCGAAUUAGAACAUGCCUUAGAGAUGAAGAACGAUCUCAUAGAGAAAUUGCAUGAACAGCUACCGGAUAAGUCCGGCGAAGAUAUAUCGAUGAAAAAGAAGGACAGAUCACAAAGCAUAACGGGCGGUGGCGUUUUCCAAAACUUCGUGAGUCAAAUGAAGGACAAGCGUGAUGAAGCCAAUGAAAGAAGUAAAAAGAAAGAGGUGGAAAGGAAAGCAGAAAAAGCUGCUAAGGAUGCUGCUCGAGAGCUUAUCAAAGAGAGAUCACCAAUGCGCUCGAAGUCACCGUCGUUGCUGACACGCCUUCGCGAUCGCAGUCCUGUAAAGACACGAUCACCUGUGGAUAAUUUAGAAACAACACCAUCGUCUUCAAGCAGUGAAGAUAUCGUUUGUACAGAACACCUUGUAAGGAAUGCAGAAGAUGAGAAGGACAAUAUGGGUCGCUCGUUUUUCAAAUAUCGGCUGUCCAAACUGUGGGCAUGUUUUGGUUUUCGUCUGCAGCUUACCGCAUUCAAUCAAAAACCGUCUUUUCCCAGUUGCUAG